AUGAAAGCACUCUUGGCUCAACUGCUGGGAACGAAGACGAUCGAGGAGUUUCUGCACAAGCCAAAACAAGGUUUGAUGAUGAAUCCCAUGAUAGAUGGGAGUGAGUUCAAUGCAUAUUGUGAUGUGAUGUGGAGGGCGCUACGAGAUGAAGAGUGGAGACUGAAAGAGCAGGAAAAGAACAUUCAGCGGAAGUUGAUACAGCUACAGCUGGGAGAACUGCGAAGCAGAAACAAAGUACAGACUCAGGCUGCAAUAGUGGCCACAUCUAAGGGGGACACCGGGGAUGCCUCUGGCUGGAGAUGUGGUGGGGGCCCCAGCCCAGACAAUGUGAAAGUGGUGGCUUACUACAGUGUGAUUUUUGUGGAUGAUGGAGAGAGUUAA